UGCCUGACUCAGGGCUGGAAUUUCGGGUUAAAUAUUCAAAAUGGCGGACGGAGGAGCAGCGAGUCAAGAUGAGAGUUCAGGACCAGAUACUAAAGUGAAUAAUCGGUCAGAAUCUGCUAAAUGUGCAAUGGAAAGCGGUGACGGAAACACCGGAAUUCAAACCAAUGGGUUGGACUUUCAUAGGCAGACGGUGCCAACAACAGUCACCAAUGCACACACACAAGCCCUCCUCCAACAGUCUAAGUCAGAGGACUCUGGUGCUCUACCGACCUCCGUCCAGCAGAGCGUUUUGCCUCAAACCCAGCUAAUGUUGACCGGGGGACAGAUUGCUGGAUUGACCCUGACCCCAACACAGCAGCAGCUGCUAAUCCAACAGGCCCAGGCUCAGAUCCUGGCUGCAGCUGUGCAGCAGCACACAGCCAACCAGCAGAACAGCACCACUGGGGCCAACAUCUCAGCCACUGCAGCCACCCCCAUCACCCAGUUGCCCCUCUCACAGCCCAUUCAGAUCACCCCGCAGCUACAGCAGCAGAGUUUGGGCCUGCCUCAGUUUGUUCUGGUUCAGCCCGGCCACCACAUUGCUACUUCACUGCAACCUGCUCAGUUCAUCAUCUCACAGACACCGCAGGCCCAGCAGGGUAUAUUGCAAACCCAGAGUCUUCUAACUCAACUACCUCAAAGCCAAGCUAACCUCCUGCCAACUCAACCAAGCAUCAACCUUGCAACUCAGCCUUCAACUCCAACCCGAACUACAGCGGCCACGCCCAUUCAGCUGCCCCAGAGUCAGACACCACCCAAGCGGUUGGACACCCCCACGCUGGAGGAACCAAGUGAUCUUGAGGAGUUGGAGCAGUUUGCCAAGACUUUCAAACAGAGACGAAUUAAACUGGGCUUCACGCAGGGGGACGUCGGCCUGGCCAUGGGCAAGCUGUAUGGAAACGACUUCAGUCAAACUACCAUUUCUCGCUUCGAGGCCUUGAACCUGAGCUUUAAGAACAUGUGCAAACUUAAGCCUUUGCUGGAGAAGUGGCUUAAUGAUGCAGUUUGUGCAGAGAACCUGACAUCUGAUCAGGCCCUGUCCAGCCCCAGUGCUCUGGGCUCCCCGGGCAUGGGCAUGGAGGGGAUCAACCGCAGACGGAAGAAAAGGACCAGUAUCGAGACCAACAUCCGAGUGGCCUUAGAAAAGAGCUUUGUGGAGCAGAACCAAAAACCUACCUCUGAAGAGAUCACCAUGAUCGCUGACCAGCUCAACAUGGAGAAGGAGGUGAUCCGGGUCUGGUUCUGCAAUCGCCGUCAGAAGGAGAAGAGGAUCAACCCCCCCAGCAGUGGCAACGGUGUAGGAGGCAACACCCCCCUCAAAGCCAUCUUUACACCCAGCAGCCCUUUGGUGGCCAGCACUGCGAGCCUUGUUAGCAGCCCGACCAUUAACACGUCAACCACUCUGACUGUAAACCCAGUGAUGCCUCUCACCAGCACCAGCGUGUCCACUUUGUCUUUCACAGGAACGACAGUUGGAGCAACAAACACUGCAUCCGUCAUCUCUACCACACCUUUGGUUACCACGGCGACCAGCUCUCCAUCUCUAAGCCCUUCUCCAACAACCAUUCAGUCCACAUCCACAGACAGCAAACCCGUCGUUUCGUCCCACACCAUCAUGACGCAGGCGGCCACACCUGUACCUUCCACCUUGGGGACGGGGCAGGUGAUGGUGACCGCUUCGGGGCUGUCGGCUGCCCUCCAGGGGGCGGCCCAGAUGCCCAGUGCGAGCUUUGCAGCCAUGGCUGCAGCUGCGGGCCUCAAUCCGGGGCUGAUGGCCUCCUCUCAGUUCGCUCCAGGGGGGGCUCUUCUCAGCUUGGCUCCCGGGGGGCUCGGCGCGCUCAGUCCUGCUCUGAUGAGCAACAGUACCCUGGCUACCAUUCAAGCACUGGCGUCCAGCGGCACCAUCCCCAUCACCUCUCUGGAAGGCGGCAACCUGUUGUUCGCCAACACGUCGUCCGCCAGCACGCCCAACCUGGUGACCACGCCGCUCUUCCUGAACCCCCAGAACCUGUCGCUGCUCACCAGCAACCCCGUCAGCCUGGUGUCGGCCAGCGCCGGGGGGCUCCAGGUCACCACCGACGCCAACCACCAGGCCUCCACCAUCACCACUGCCUCCAAGGCUCAGUGAGGCGGCGCGGAUCUAAGCCCGUUUCCGAGCACUAUUCCUGUGGCGCCUCGUAGGGAGGGGGGGUUGCUCCGUGGAUUCUGGCCUCACUAAACAGCUGUCGUUCUUCUCAUUGUAUCUACCAUUUUUUUAAUCCUUUUGCUGCCACCAAAAAGAAAAAAUGACCUCCAAUAAGAUUGGGACUCUUUUUGUUGUUUUUUAUAUAUUUUGACUUCUCCUUAAGGAUAGUUCUAACCAAAAACACAUUUCACUUUGACAAACUUCAACACGUUUACUAAUUCCAUUCAUCACUAACAGUUUAUUUUUGACUUUUGGGCCUUGAUUUAAAUCAUGUAGAUUUUUAGACUCUUCUUUAUCCUCACUUUAUAUAUUGUCGCGUUUUCAGAACUUUGUAAGUCUGAUAUUAAGUUAAGAAUUAAGUAUCACUUUUGAAUUGUGGUUAAAAGGCUUUAAAAACAAGUAAUAAGUGGCCGAUCUAAAGGUUAUCAUUGCUUUAAGGGCUCGGAGAGUCGGCCGGCGUGCGGAUCUCCGAGCCUCUCUUCUGGAAACACUGACUUUUACAUUUUGCUGCAGCUGCGACGGCGCCGCUCGGCUUUUGGCGGCCUCGUAGACACUGACAGAAAAUGACUGAAAGGUGGCGAGGAAAGCUUUAGCGAGCUGCAGAGCUGCAGCAGGGCGGUGAAAUCUAUAGGAUUACUGUAUAUUCUGGGUGUUUCGGCGGCGAUUGCCUGGUGGGGGUUGUUGUAUUGUGGUUUUUAUGUUCUUUUUAACAGUAGUACGAUCUACUUGUGCACAGUAUCUGUACCAAAAAAAAAAAAAAAACUGGAUUGAUGAGCUGCAGUCUGCCUGUUUUGGGAGGAAUGAAAUUCUGUCUUUUUAUUCUGUCUGCUGACGGGCUUUCGUACUUUAAGAUAUACCAAAAAUAUUUGUUCAAAUACUUGGUGUGUGUAGUUGGUGUAGCUUAGUUUAGUCGAUAUAUUUAUGAGUACAGAAUCUCUUCAAAAAAUAUAGAAAUGCAAUAUUUUGAUUACCAUUUUCCAAAGAUGACUUUUGUUUAUAAAGUGUCUCAUAGCUCCGUUUUUAAUUGGCAGCACAACGAACCAAAAAUGCGAGGAAUUGGUGGGUUUGGGUGUGAGGAAGUCGUUUUUAUUGUUGAUCUUUUUACAGUUUCAGUGUUUAAUCCAGUUUCGAGGCUCCUUUCACUAUUUAUUGUAGCAGUUUUGGACUUUUCUAAACAAAAGACAAAGAUUUUUUUUGCUUUUUGUGGUAAUCUUCAGCCAUACGACGACAGCUUGAACCAAAGUGGUUUUUCCUCGGCGGUUGCUGUGCCUGCCCGAGCACACCAGCCCCUGUUCACACCGUCUCUGCUCUCCCAACAGUCUUUUCCUCCUCUCUCUUUUUCACCCACCACAGUCAGCACCAGGAUUUGGUGCCGCUGGAUCCAAACCACAGAAACUGAGCUUUAAAGACUCGCUGCGAGGGCGGCGAGGGGCCUGCAUGCUUCCUGAUGGCUUUACGGCUUCAUCCUGUGUAAAUCAGGGUUGUUGUUGUUUUUUAACCCUUCUGUUGUAGGGCUCACACGUGUAAAUUCAUCCAAUUCUGCCCCAUUACCGAGCCCCCACUUUGAACAGACUAAUGCUGCUCCAGAAUCCCUCCUAAAACCUGCCAAACGUUCUGUCCCUGUGCAGCAGGGGGGCCACGACAUGUUCAGCUAAAGCCCACACAGACGUAGCAUUGUUCUGCAGAAAAAUGACUCAAUGAAUUCUAGAGGGAUUACCGUGUUGCUGGAAACAGUUUCCACGUCCUCCCUUUUGUGCUUUUUAUUUUUUCUCUUGAAUUACUGAAUAUACCUCAGCAGCACUUCAAUAUGAGGCUCACCUUUAGACAUUUAUGUGUAUAGAACUUUGUAGAAUGUAUAAGAACUGUCCGGCUCCGCCGCUCAGACUUUAUACCUUUGAACCAUGCAUAGAAAGAAACCAGAAAAAGGACAACCUACUACUGCUAUUUUCUAGUACUACUAUUUAUGGGCUGUUUCCAGGUUUGUGUUGUUUUGAGGUCCACUUUGCCAAAGUUGAAAGCCUUCGUGUCUGGUCCCGGACGAGCCCCCAGAACCGGGUCCGUGCUGUUUCUAGAGGCUAGCAUGAUGAAGCAGUUGGCACCAUAGGAUGUUACUGAGAUAUUUAUGAGGAAAGACUUAAGAAUUAGAUAAACAAUCUUUUCUUAACUCUAUACAUAUAAAUAUAUAUAUAUAAACACGUGUAAGAUAUUCAUAUUUUAUAUUUGAUCCAGUACGUUAUCAAGUCUGAAUGUAGUGUUUAUCAUGCUAACUCAAAACUCCCCUUUUUUAAUUCUUUUUUUUUCUAAUGAACUGAUAAGACCAAAAAGAAAAGAGGCGAGGGGGCGUGUCCCGCCAUAGCGUUACUCCUGUGUCAGGUUUGAAAGCGCCAGAUCUACUUAAUUUUCUGUUAAAUAACUGUGUACUUGAUUUGCUGUGCUGUCUUUAACAAUCAUUUAUUUUGUUUUUGAACGAUUACUUUAUGCCUUUAAUUGUUUUGUAUAGUGCGAGGGCGAGAUCACUGGCUUUCUUAGUGGGACAGAAAAGAAACUUAUCAUUUAUGCCUUAUUGUUAUGUAGAAGACAUGAGCAUUGUAGCAUUGUGAGUGUGUGUGUGAUUGUGUGUGUGUGAGGGAGGGAGGGAGCGCUCACCCAGUGCUUAGUUUUAACUGAAAUAAGAACAGUUCUGCUUUCUGGGCUCCGAUUUUCGAAUAAAGCUUUAUGAAUAUUUCCAGCAGGCAGGUUGGAAGAGAGAGGACAGUCUGCAGAGCAUGAUGGUGCAUUUUCUCCAUCUUCCAAAGAGCGAGGUGCUUGUUGUUCGGGCUUUGGGGUUGUUUGGUGAAUUGAAAGUUUGGCGAUCAGGUUUGGGUUUGAGGCUGCGUGGAGCAUCGGAGAGGCCAGAGAAGCUGUUGUAUACCUCAUUUCUAACUCUAGGCUGAGUUGAACCUGCUUUUAUGAAAUAUAAAAAAAAAAGUUUUUAAAAUUAUUUUGAAAAAUGAUUUAAAAAAAAGUUACUUUUUGUCGGUGGGAAGGCCUGCUCGUACCUGUGCUGCCACAAGAGGGCGACAUUACACAGCUUGAAUGUCUGCCUCUUUCUGAUACAAAUUCUCCUCCUUUUUUUGCUUGAUUUUGUUUGGUAAACCUUCCCGUUCUGUUCCAAAUCUUCUUUUCCAAUUUGACAAUCCUGUUUUAGUUUCUCUCAGGCACAGGUGUGGGCUCGUCUUCCCGCCUGACCACUCAGCCCGCUCUCGGUUUCCCAGUUUUACCGACGUUAACCAAAGAUUCAGAACUUGAUUGUAAAACACAGAUGUCUCGCCCGUCCCCGCCCCACUGCUCGGCAUCAAACGCCCGAGUCCUGGAGUUCUGCGUCUGAUCGCAUGAGGCGGUGCAGUGGUUUCAGUGCCUGAGGGGCGGGGAUGGCAGGGGGCUCAGUGGGCGGGGUCACGCCUGGCUUUCAAACACUGUACCCCUUCAGGACUUUGAAUGCUCGCCUGUCUGGAGCCCCACGCCCUCAAUUCCUCCCACUGUCUCUCCUCUGAAGGUGAAAAUGUCUCUGUGUCCUCCUCAUCAUCUGUACACUGUAACCCCCUGGACAUCUCCUCCCCCUCCUCCAAUGUAGUCCCUUCACAACAGACUGGUCAGCUGUGACACUAUGCAUCAUGGUCCUUCUCUCCGCAUGGACUGUGUCCCUCCAGCGACACUUUGUCUAAGGCUUUACUCCGAGUGUGGCCGUCGGGCCUCACAAGCUCAAUUCCAAAGCAAAAAUCCAAAUAUUUAACUUUUGACAAACGCAGAUACCAAAGAUAUCUUUCUGUCCUGUGUCUGUUUUCUGUCCCUCCUGCCCUGCAGCAUGUACCAGAGACAAACCCAGCACUGGCUUUAGUCGUAGUCUCAGUAAUUCCAAAGCUUAGAUGUAUAUUUUGGUAUAUUUCUGAGAAAAACCUGUUUGAAAAGCGUCUGUUUGUUUGAGGUAACCUGUUUGUUUUUUUUCUGUCACAGCAUGGAGUAAUUGCAGAACUGUCUUACUCUUCGUAGGUUCAAGAUAUAGUAUUUUUGUAUGUUUGGGGGCGUGUCGUGUGCGGUUAUUAGUUCACAGCCCAAGCGACCAUCUCAAGAAAACACAAAAAAAAAUUAGGGGGGAAAGUAACCACCAAACAUGUACAUAAAGCGUCUGUGUAUCUGAAGAAAUGCUCUGUCAAACAUUUCACAUCGGGAGCUUGGGCUCAUCGCAAGGAAUGUGUUCCGCUUUUAGUUCCUUCUUUCUUACUCUGCAGUUUUCCUGGGACUCGAAUGUAAAGAGUUUUGGAUUUCAACACUGAGAGGAACACUGAUUGCAAAAGAAAAAAAAAAAGACUGAAAAACCGGCCUCCAAUCAUGGCGGCACAGAGCUGAACGAUUGUGUAGGACUACAAGUAUGUGAAUCAGGAUACCUAGAUUUUUUUUUUUUGCAUUUGUCUGCUGUAUUUUUGUUUUUAUACACAUUCAAAGAUAAUCUUUUACUGUAAAUGUACAGUUCUCUUUUGUUGUAAACAUCAUUAAACCAUUUUCCAAGUG